AGGUGGCAGCGCGCAGCGGGCGCCGGGCUCGCCCCAGCCCCGCUCCCAUGGCCCGGGCUGCCCGGCGGGGGCCCGGACGCCGGGGUCCCCGCAGCUGACGGGGCCGGGGAGCGGCUCGGGGUCUCCCCGCUGCUGGAUGCGGGCAGCCCCCGGCGCCCCGCCGCGAUGGGCGAGUGGACGAUCCUGGAAAGGUUGCUGGAGGCCGCGGUGCAGCAGCACUCGACUAUGAUCGGCAGGAUCCUGCUGACGGUGGUCGUCAUCUUCCGGAUCCUGAUCGUGGCCAUCGUGGGCGAGACGGUGUACGAGGACGAGCAGACCAUGUUCAUGUGCAACACGCUGCAGCCGGGCUGCAACCAGGCCUGCUACGACCAGGCCUUCCCCAUCUCCCACAUCCGCUACUGGGUCUUCCAGAUCAUCCUGGUGUGCACGCCCAGCCUCUGCUUCAUCACCUACUCGGUGCACCAGUCGGCCAAGCAGCGGGACCGGCGCUACUCCUUCCUCUACCCGCUGCUGGAGACGGACGCCCGCAAGGCGCGCAGCGUCAACGGCAUCCUGGUGCACAACCCCGAGGGCUCGGCCAAGGAGGAGCCCGACUGCCUGGAGGUCAAGGAGCUGCCCAGCACCCCCCGGCGCCCGCCCAAGAGCGCCAAGGUGAAGCGGCAGGAGGGCAUCUCCCGCUUCUACAUCAUCCAGGUGGUUUUCCGCAACGCGCUGGAGAUCGGCUUCCUGGCGGGCCAGUACUUCCUGUACGGCUUCACCGUGCCGGGCAUCUUCGAGUGCGACCGCUACCCCUGCGUCAAGGCGGUGGAGUGCUACGUCUCCCGGCCCACCGAGAAGACCGUCUUCCUGGUCUUCAUGUUCGCCGUCAGCGGGAUCUGCGUCCUGCUGAACCUGGCUGAGCUCAACCACCUGGGCUGGCGCAAGGUCAAGACGGCCGUGCGGGGGGCGCGGGCGCGGCGCAAGUCCGUCUGCGAGGGGCGCAGGAAGGACCUCUCGGCGCUGGCCCCGGUGCCGCCGCUGGGGCGGACCCAGUCCAGCGAGUCGGCCUACGUGUGAGCCUGGGGGCGGCCGGGCCCCCCCUUUACAGUGGAGCCGCUCCAAGGGCUGAACGGGAGACACGACCCCCCAGGAUCCAGCCGGGGUGUUGGGGGGGCUCCCGGCUCCAACGCGUUUAAAAAAUAUAUUGAUUCUUCCUUGGAGUCUUCCACCAUGGUGCAAGCAGGGGGGAGGGUUCCUGGAACUCCCCCCCAAUCAGCCUUUUCCGGCCCUGGCAUCAGCCAGGGGUGGGGAAUAUUUGGGGGGUGUUUCUGCAGGGCGGGGGGCAGAUCAUGGCUCCCUGCUUUUCUCAGCCCUUGGGCUGGCAAUAA